AUGACCACCCGUCUUAAGCCGUCUGGGUCCAAUGACUCAGUCAACCAGCAAGUCACUGAUCCAGCCCCACAUACGUCUUGGGUUCGACCUCUCCUUUUUCACCCGAGCCUCACCAACGAGGUUUGCAAUCAAAACUACACUGGCCAAGGCACAGACGAAGAUCCAUAUGUCGUUGACUACCUACACAACGACAUGCAAGAUGCCAUGAACUUCAGCAAGGGGCGAAAAUGGGCCAUUGCCAUUCUCCAGUCUCUGUCCUCAUUCGCCGUAACCUUUGCCAGCUCGGUGUACGUCAGCGGCAUCAAAGGCGUCAUGCAGCGUUUUGAUGUGUCCACAGAAGUGGCUACGCUAGGCUUGUCGCUCUUCGUAUUGGGGUUCGCGCUAGGACCGCUGAUCUGGGCACCUUUGUCAGAGGUGUACGGACGCAAGUCAAUCUACAUAAUAUCAUACACGGCAUACACAGCGUUCAGCGUGGCAGCAGCGUGUGCACCCAACAUAACUGCCCUACUGAUUCUUCGCUUUCUUGCGAGCGCUUUUGGAUCGUCGUCGAUGACGAAUACUGGGGGAGUCAUUGCCGACAUGUUCAGCAAAGCUGAGCGUGGUAUGGCAACGGGUUUGUUCGUCACGACUCCGUUUCUGGGGCCUGCACUUGGCCCGAUUGCUGGUGGAUUGCUUGGCGAAACCCAAGGAUGGCGCUGGAUUCUCGGUUUAAUCGCCAUACUUGGGGGUGUGGUGUGCAUUACCACAGUACUAGUCAUCCGCGAGACAUACGCACCAUUCAUACUGCGACGCCGAGCCAAAGCCCUCUGCCGGCGGACAAGCAAAGUAUACAUGUCCCGCAUCGAUGUCGGACAGCCGCCCAAGACAGUUGCUCAAGAAAUGUCAAUCUCUUUCACGCGUCCCUGGGCCCUUCUGUUCCGCGAACCCAUUGUCUUGCUCACUUCCUUGUACAUUUCUAUCGUCUACGGCACACUGUACAUGUUCUUUGCAGGGUUUCCCAUCGUCUUCCAGCUAACCCGAGGCUGGAGUCAAGGUACCGCUACUCUUCCAUUCAUCGGUGUCGCCAUUGGCGUUUGCCUUGCUACCCUAGCGGCCGGUGUGGAUAAUAAGCGCUAUGUGCGUUUGUGCCUGGCGGCCGACACAGAGGGACGUGCCGUCGAGCCAGAAGCCAGACUCAGCACAGCCAUGGUCGGCUCCAUCAUCCUUCCUAUAGGCCUGUUUCUGUUUGCAUGGACCACGUAUCCUUCGGUGCACUGGAUCAUUCCUAUCAUUGGCGCCAUGGUUUUCUCGUGUGGGCUUGUUAUGGUCUUCAUCUCGCUAAUGAGCUAUCUGAUUGACUCUUGUAUGUUCUUGAUCCCUGAUUCGUUGUCCUACAACAGCAAUCCAAGUGCUCACUUGUGGACAGAUGUUGUGUAUGCGGCAUCUGUGUUGGCAGCCAACUCGGUGCUUCGAUCUUUGUUCGGCACAGCAUUCCCACUCUUCACUACUCAAAUGUACGAAAAGCUUGGGAAUCAAUGGGCAAGCUCGAUCCCUGCUUUUCUGGUGCUUGGUUGCCUGCCUUUCCCCUUUCUGUUCCACAAAUAUGGCCCGCAGAUACGCUCGAAAUGCAAGUAUGCGUCCGAAGCAGCAAAGGUGCUAGCGAUGAUGCGCAGUCAGCAUGUUGUGGCUAUCGGAGGUGAGACAGGUGGGCUCGAGAGGAAAAAUGACAGGGUUGAUUAG